AUGAAGACUAGGAUGAGGAAGAAGCAGCUGUCAUCGACGGCGCAAUCUUCGAACCCAAGUCAGUGGCUUCCCGAUGAUUUGGUAUUGAUCAUCGUAGCACGCGUCUCAGUAUUGUACUAUCCGACUCUCUCCUGGCUUCACCAGAGCUACAAGGUUAGGUCAUUCUUGGGCCACACCGAAAGUUGUCUCUAUGUUUGCUUUAAAAUGAAACCUUAUAAGACCCCUACGUGGUUCACCCUCUGCCGGAAACCUGAUCGAACCCUAACCAGUAGUAAGGAGAGGAGAUCAGAUGGUCAUGUUUCAGCUACAGUCCCAAUGAACCAUUCCCCUGAUGUACGAUUUUCGAGUCUCGUGGCCGUUGGUUCUGAUAUUUAUAACAUUGGCGUACCCCAAGCCAGGCUCAAAGCGUCCUCCUCCUCCUCCUCCUCUUGCGUCUCCGUUCUAGAUUGCCGGACUCACACUUGGCGCGAGGCUCCAAGCUUGCCUGUGGAGCUAUUCACAGUUGCUGCUGGCGUCCUUGAUGGAAAGAUAUAUGUAGUAGGAAAAUCCCCAGAUGGCAGGAAACGGAAGAACUCGUUUCAGGUGUUGGACAUAAAGACACAAGUUUGGGAUUCUACGGUCAUCCCUUUGAUAAAGAGCAGUCAUUUCGACAAUACCGCAUGUAUUGACGGAAAGUUCAACGUGGUGACUUACGAAAAAGUGGUUGCUUACGAUCCCAAGGAGGAUAAUGUUUUGUACUGUGCUGCUGACGGAGGGCUUAGAUGGUAUGACUCUCGGGUAAGACAGUGGAGAGAUUUGAAGGGUUUGGUAGGACUAUCCAGGUUCAGUCCUGAUGAUCAGGUUAGAUUGGCAGAUUAUGGUGGAAAGAUGGCGGUUAUGUGGGGCGUUGAGGUUCCUUGUAGUUCAGGCUAUCCCACGAUCAUUUGUUGUGCGGUGAUUGCGCUUGAAAGGCUCAAUAGUUGUGAAAUUUUUGGGAAAGUUGAGUGGGUUGAUCGUGUGUUUACAGUCUUUGGCCCAUUUACUUUCGUAAAAGUUAUUGGUGCUACUGUCUGA